GUCGAUGAAUGACUGCUUCCGGCGCGUGGAGACAGCAGCGGAGCAACAUGGCGGAGCGGAGCGCGGCUUCCGGCCGCUCGGACCGCGACAACUUCAGCUACGGUCGGCAGCUGAUGCCCCGGGUGAUGUACGGCUUCCCGGACAAGGAGGAGAAGGGAGCUGGCUUCCCAAGAUGGACACUUCCCACUUUGUCCACGCCGGUCUUACCUUCCCAAGACGGACGCUGGUCAGCCAUGGCGCACGCGCUCCCUGUCUCCUCUUACCGAGAUGGCCGCAGCAGGGAGGAACGCAUCGCCGCUGCCCUUAACAAGAUGGCCGCUGCAGGGGCGAAGCAUCGCCGCCGCCCUUACCAAUAUGACCGCCGCACCCGACAGAGACAGCAGAGGAACCGACGUGGGAGUGGGCCAAUUUCUGGCAGCGGGCCGAUCGGGGAGCGGGGCAGCGCGGCGGAGGAAAACGAUUCUCCUCACCACUCAGUCCGCGGCGUCCUUGUCUACUGCCAGCAGCUGAUGCCAACGCUGAUGAAUGGCUUCCCAGACAAGGAGGAAAAGAGGCUGUUCCUCUCCAACGUGCUGACGGAGAUCAAGGGCAGGGAGGUGCGGGUCUGCACCAACCCCGACGGCAGCAUCUUCCUGGUGCGGCUGGUGGACCAGUGUGACGUUCCUGCCCUGCGCCGCUUUCUCGCCGCCCUCCAGCCUCACCUGUGGCUCGUGGCCAGCCACCGGUGCGGGGCUCGCGUGAUGCAGGCGGCCCUCCUGCAGGUGACCCAGCUCGCCAGCAACCUGCAGGAGCAGGGCGAGGAGGAGGAGGAGGACGCAGAGGACGAGCAGGAAGAAGGGGGCGAGGGCAGAACCCUGGAGGGGCAGGUCCGGCAGCUGAGCAGCUGUGUGCGCAGCGACCUCCUGAAGUACGUGAGGGAUGCGCAGGGCAAUCUCUUCGUGCGGGAUCUCCUGCAGGUGCUGGGGGGAGUGGUGCCCUGUGCCAGCAAGCUGCGGAGGAGCACCCACAGGGACACACCCAAGGGCUUUGACCUCGACAGAGGCCUGGACCUCCGUGCCGGACAGGUGAAGGAGUUCAGUGUCCCGGAAGGGUUCCUGGACGAGCUACGUGACUAUGCCCAGCUGCUGGCAGACAACAUGACAGAGUUCCUGACCAACCCCACGGCCAGUGCGGUUUUACAGGUGGCGGCCCGUGUCCUGGGGCGGAGGCUGCCGGCCGUGGCUCAGGAGCUGUGUUCGGCCAUUCUCAAGACCCUCGGGGAGCCAAGCCAGGACGGGCAGAGCAGCUCGCUCCUGGAAUUCAUGAAGGACAGGACAGGCAGUCGGCUGCUGGAGGCGGUGGUCCUAGUGAUGGACGCCAAGCUCUUCACCGAGUUCUACACCUCGAACCUGAAGGGCAGACUGGAAGAGCUGGCCCUCCACCCCAUGGCCAACUUUGCUGUGCAGCGAGCUCUGGCAGUGGCCCCCACCUCUCUGUUUGCGGAGAUAUGUGGGGAGCUACUGCCCAGCGUGGAGGAUAUCCUGGCCGAGGGUCACCUGGGUGUGGUCGUGGAGAUGGUGUCGGGCUGCGUCCGGCACAGCAGUGGCCAGGCAGAGAUGAUAAACCAUCUCUUGGAGGCGUUCCACUGCGACAAACCUGCCUCCCGCAAACGAUCCUGCUUCCUGCUUCUGGUCUCGCUGCAGACUUACCAGGUGUUCUUCCAGCUGCCGGAGCAGGACUCCAAGUCCGAGUAUGAGCCAUCUGGUGUUGCCCGACUCAAGCUGGUGAACUACCAUGGUACCCUCCUGGCGCAGCACCUGCUGAAUUUCGAGAAGCCUGUCACCUUGGUGCGCAGCAUGGCAGAAAGCCCGGUGGAUGACCUCCUCGUUCUGGCCUGUAACCCCGCCGGCAGCCACGUCUUCGACUCCCUCAUCGACAGCGCCACUGUGUCCGAAAAGCAGAAGAAGGCCGUGCUCCGCAAGUUUACGGGUCACUUCUUCCAGCUGGCCUGCAGCAAGCACGGCAGCCGGGUCUUUGACCAGAUCUGGCUCUUCGCACCGCUGGAGAUGCGCCGGAGCAUCGCCCAGGAGCUAUCUGAAAAGAGGGAACUGUUGAAGGCCAGCCGCUACGGACACCGUGCUAUCCGGAAAAUGGACCUGGGUACCUUCCGCAGGAAGCUCGAGGACUGGGAGAGUUUCCAGGAGUCUGAAACCAGGAAGCGCAAGGCAGUCUCCGACAUCCUGGAGACUGAAGCCGGAAUGCCAGAAACGCCGUGAGGCUUCUUCCCCCCCAAACCCCCACCCCCUGCUCCGGUCCGUCUCUCCCGGCGUUCCCUCUGGGUGUGACUAAUCCGGUCGGGGCAGAGGGGAGGCAUCUAGUCCGGAAUGGCCGUCGGAAUCCUCUGCCGGCGGUUGGAAUUCCCGGUAUCUGCCGUGACCGGGCCACUCAGACAUUUGCAACUUUGGAGCAGGGUGGUGGGGCAGGUGGGGCAGACAGUCUGCCCCUGUUUCUACCCUGGCCCCCCCAUCACUGAGAACCCUUUCCCUCGAUUUCCAGAAACCUGUUAGUCUGUGGACUAGACUCCGGGGUGGCGUUUGAGUUUGGGGACAGAAUUCCGAAGUUGCACCGUCCUCCGGGUGGAGAAAUUUCGUCCUCUUGUACGGCUGAACCUGUACUCCCAGACUUUGCCCCCUCCCCGCCCCUUGUGGCCAUCGGGGUAACAAUCUAAGGUCAAACGCUGGAAGAACUUUGUCAUUUUUGGUCAUCUUGAGCUUCAGCAGAGCUCACCUGCAUCGACUGUCCGUAAAGGUUUUAAGCAAGAACGGUUUAAAAGUAAGUUUUUUUUUAACAAGGAGAACAAUAAACACGCAGGUGGCAGUAAUGAGAGUCACCCACUCUCAGGGC